GGCAGCGGGCCGUGGCGUCCCCACCCCCACGGGCGCCCUGGCCGCCGCGCCGAGGCGCCGCAGCCCCAGUCUACCGACAGGCACCACCGCGCCACCACCGACCUGCGAACUCACGCGUAGCGCAACCACUUGCGUUCUCGAUGUGUACUAUCUGUCCAGGAAACCGAACUACCUGUGUGCGUUUAUGAACCUUUGUAUAUAAAUCUGCGGUGUAUUCAAUAUAACUUACCUGUGAAGUUUAUAUAAAAUAAUAAAGUGCUUCAUAACAAAUCGAAAAAUUUGGAAUUUACGAAACUUUUCUGAUUUCGAAGAACAGCGUGCGCGGCGGGUCGCGGCAUGCGUCCCAAGCGGUAGCGGCAGCAUGCGCGCCGUGUCGCUGUGCCUCGCGCUGCUCGUGCUGGCGCGCCACAUCCAUGCACAAGGACUGUCGUGGCGCGUGGGCGAGGCGAGCGCUGCGCCCGCGCCGCCCGCCACCGUGGCCGCCAUAGCGCUCUCGAUCAAGUCCCGCGCACACACAGAGAGGCUCGGAGCCAUCCAGGACAGUCGCUGCUACCUCAUGAACGGCGGCGCCGUCGAGAGCUUCUUCAUCAGCGAGGACACACCUGUCGGCAGUGUUAUCGGAACUCUGAGCGUGAAUGGCGACCCGUCGGAGGAGCAGGGCGACAUCACGCUGCGGCUGCAGGAGAAGGGCGCGGCGGUGGGCAUCGCGCCCGGCACCAAGAACCUCACGCUGCUGCGCGCGCUCGACCGCGAGGAGAAGCUGGGGCCCUCCAACGUGUAUGUCAACGUGCGCUGUGACCGACGGAGGACCACUGAUCCCAGCUUCAUAAUCCCAGUGUCGGUGCGCGUGUGGGACGUGAACGACAACGCGCCGGCGUGGCUGGGCGCGCCGUACCGCGCGCGGCUGUCCGAGCUCACCGCGCCCGGCACGCGCCUCGCGCUCGGCGCCCGCGCCGCCGACGCCGACCAGCCCGGCCCGCACGCCACCAUACACUACUCCGUGCUGCCAGGACCACAUCAUGAGUACCUGGGAUUCCCGAACGAGCUGGACAGUGUGUUGGUGGUGAAGAAGCCGCUAGACUACGAGACACUGCGCAACUUCACGGUGACGCUGCGCGCGCAGGACGCGGGCACGCCGCCGCUGCACAACGACACCGUGCUGCACGUGCAGGUGCUGGACGCCGACGAUCAGAACCCCAAGUUUACGCACGAACAUUACACUGCUACGCUGCCUGAAGAUGCUAAAGAGGGCACAAUCCUGGCCACAUCGCCAGGUCCCAUCUCAGCGGCAGACCAGGACCUGGGCAUCAACGCGCCGCUGCAGUACUCGGCCACCGGCGACAAUGCACGCCUGGUGCUGGUGGACAAGGAUACCGGACAGGUGGCUGCUACCAAGCAGCUUAUAGAGGAGCUCAGCCAGCCUGUCACUAUUGUUAUAAAGGCAACGCAAGUAGACAACUCUGACCGCUACGCGCUGUGCACGCUGGGCGUGUCGCGGGCAGGCGCGGCGCGCGGCGUGCGGUUCCGGCGCCGCCAGUACGCCGCCGCCGUCAGCGAGGCCGCGCCGCUCGGCGACACGCUGCUCACGCUGCACACGCAGCCGCCGCCGCAACACAACCUGCAGAACAACCUCCAGUUCUACGUGUCAGACCGAUCGUUUCUGGAUAAGUUUGCGAUCAACAGCGCAGGCGAAGUGGUGCUACGGAGACCGCUUGACUACGAGACGGCUGACUCCUAUCACUACCAGGUCAUGGUCACCGACGGAGUUUCUAACGACACAGCUUCAAUAAACAUCACGGUGCUGAACGUGAACGAGUGGGAGCCGCGGUUCCGCUACCCGCAGUACGAGUUCCGCGUGGACGAGGACGCCGGCGACGCCGAGCUGCUGCCCGUCGGCAAGCUCGACGUCUUCGACGGAGACAAGCAGGACAACGUCACGCUCACGCUGCGAGGUUCCGGAGCUGAUGCGCUGGUGGUGAACGCGUCGGGCGGCGUGUGGGUGCGCAGCUCUGCCCUGCGCGCGCACAACGCGUCGGUGCUGCACGUGGUGGCCACCGCCAGGGACUCCGGCGCGCCGCCCAGACAGACAUCAGUGCCGGUGACAGUGCACCUGCGGCGGACGUCGGCGGCGGGGGCGGGCGGGGCAGGCGGGGCGGGUGAAGGGGGCGUGGUGCUGAUGUUCGGCGGCGCGCUGGCGGCGCUGGCGCUGCUCGUCUGCGCGCUGCUUGGAUACAUAUACACUGUUCGUCGUCGAUCAAAGCGCAGUGCGGGUGGCUCAGGCUCCGGCUACGUGACACACGAGAAGCCCCCAGCGGCCCCGACUCCUGCCACCCCCCACGUGCCCACCAGCACGGGGGUGACGGGGGUGCUGCCCACUGCAGGGGUGCUGCGACCAGCGGGCUCCGCGGGCUCGCUGCUGAGUGUCAGCGCGGGCGCCAGCACCAUACUCGCCAACUCUACGUCCAGCUUAGAUCUGCAGCAAGAGGCAAACAGUGCGGCGCAAGGACACCAUAAUAAUUCAGCGCGACAAUCCCAGCGCAUCCCCCGCAGUAAGGUGGCCCCACUAACCCCGGGCCCCUUAAGCUCAGGCCCCGCGAGCUCGGGCCCCGGCAGCGCGGGCGGCGGCGUGGCGUCGCUGAUGUCGGACCACCUGGGGGCGCGGGGCGCGGGCCGCUCGGGCGUGGCGUGGCCGAGCGCCACCAUCCCCGCACGCGUCAAGAAGCUCAGCUGGGACGACGCCGCUCAUGAUAACAAGAGGGGAGGAGCUGACAGACGCCACCAACCCCACGCUGGCAGACCACAUGAACCUCACCGUCUACUUCUGACCGAGGGCCCGGGACCCAGCGAAGACAAGGCACAAACUUAUCAUAACCAGGCUCUAGAUGAAAAUAAUAGAGUAACUGAAGUAAAGAAUAAAGGUCUAGAAGACCAAAAUGUUACAGAAGCCGGUACUGUUAGACAGGAAGGCAAACCAGUUAACAGAACUGCAGGUCAACAAAGCAACGAUAAAUAUCAUAAAGACACUGUAAAUAAUCAUGAAACUAAAAAUGAUGUUCCAUUACCAGGAUCUACAAAAACGUAUUUAGAAGAAAAGGGUGCACCGUCAGAUAAUUAUCGACAGUCAGAUCCUCUGAAUACUGUUGGAAUACCAAUCUAUAACAAUUCUUCGCCUCAUAAUUAUAUGUAUAGCAAUCACCCAGUUUCCGCUUCAAAUUUUUAUAUUCCCGGUUUAAGCGAGCCGUCUUCGCCAUCCAACUAUUCUACGAUGGCUAUGAGUCACCCCGGACAUCCCAGUCACGCUAUCAUAUUGCAAAAUGAUCGACCUCCCACUAGCCGGCCAGUCCCGACCCAUAUACUUCUCACUAGCAACCACAAGCGUACGAAGCAUCUGAAGCCGCCAUCUAACAACAAGCUCAAAAGCAAACCAGUCACAAUUCACCACAUAACUCCCAUUUGCUACCCUGUACAGUCUUCCAGUCAGUCGGCUCUCUUCCACCCGCCUGCGCCGUCAAACUACGCGUUACCAGUGAGUCACCCUCACGCAAGCCAACAGCCGAUCUCUAUCAUACCAGCUACACACUACUUGCAAAGGGAACCUAAUCAAAAUGAGCAGAGAUACGCGUCACCCUCAGCCCCAGUACUAUACGAGGAAGAACCUUCCCCCCUCGGUUCGUCAGGUCUUCCGCCAGCGUAUGCUACAAUAGACCCUAAGAAACUGCGCGCGAUGCACAUACGACCCGCAGUGUUCAAGCGGAAAGUGUUGGCGAACAACAAGCAGUACCAGUUGUUGUGAGUCAUGAUGAUGGAAUAAAUACUUAUACAAUUGUAACGAGGACUCAAAAUACGUUGGCCCAUGCCUUCAUAUUGCUUCGUACGACACUUAAUUACAAUUUACAACAAUAUAGGUACCUCCUCUACAUAAGUUGAUCUGAUCCCAUGUAUAUUUUGCCAAGUGAUUCCUCGACUCUUCUGAUCGCAUAUACCUCCUGAUUAUUGGUUAUUUAUUAGCUCUAUCGAUAUAUGCAUCAGCACGACAGUACCUAAGUUCUAAUUCAGUAUCAAUAGACGCCAAGUCGGCGAGUGACUAGCUAAGUUGGCUGCAGAAACGUUAGUACCAUUUGUUGAGAUUAUAAUAGCUUAAGUUUACCGCUGUAGUUCACCAGCAGUGCUACUGUGAAAUAGUUUGUAAAAUUAAUUGACAUCAAUGCCCUAGUAAAUAGAAUUGUACAUAGUUUUAUAAUGAUUACAUGUAAUUGUUCGGAGUUAGCAAUUUUUAUAAAUUUUAUAACAUGUGAUUAGUACUUUAGCUGUGUUUGCAGUUUGUAAAGAUUUAUUUGAUAAGAAACACUUUCUAUUGAGAGAGUAAUUGACGAGAACAUUAUUUAAGUAAAUAAUUACGUUAACAUUUGUGUUAAAAUAUUUAUAACAUAUUAGUUAGAUACGCAUGUACGAACUGUUAUUAUAAUGUUUUGUUUAAAUGA